AUGUUGAUCGUGCGCUCCACCGGGACCCUCUUCACCAACGUCCCGGUGGAGCGCACGAUCAACAUCAUCUCCAACUACCUCUACAACAGUGUCGAUCUGCCAGCACCCGACAUCCCAGAGCCAGUCAUGCGUGCUAUGCUCCGCCUCUGCACCACUAAGGCGCCGUUCCGCUGCCCGCAAGGUCAACUCUAUUACCAGAAGGACGGCAUCGCCAUGGGCUCGCCGCUCGGCGUGCUAUUCGCCCAGGCGUUCAUGUCGGCAGUUGAGAACGAAGUCCUCAGUGAAAGCCGUGUGAAACCAAACCUGUACUGCCGAUAUGUCGAUGACAUCCUGGUGGAAGUCAGUGACAUGUCAUCACUGCAGCGACUGAAGGCACGACUGGAGGAGGUCUCCGGCCUCAGCUUCACUGUUGAGGAGAGUGUAGCCAAUAGGAUCAGCUUCCUUGAUGUGUCCAUCGAUGCUGAGAGUGGCAACUUCACCACCAGUGUCUACCGCAAGCCGACGGACAACGAGAGAUGCCUGAACGGUGGAAGUGAGUGCCCUCAGCGCUACAAGGACGGCGUGGUGAGGGCGUAUGUCCACCGAGCCCUCAGGCACUGUUCCAGCUGGCCACUGGUCCACCAAGAGCUGCAGCGGAUAAAACAGGUCCUGGUCAAUAAUAACUAUGACUUGACCACCAUCGACCAACAAAUACAAUCUAUCGUCAACAACCACAUCACCAAAGGAUCACAGACAACAUCAAAUGAAGGCAACGUCAUCAGCCUCUACUACAAGAGCCAGAUGACCAGCGGCUAUCGAGCAGAAGAGUCGGCGCUCAAGAACAUCAUACGGCGCAACUGCAAGCCCGUUCAUCCAGAAGACCGCAUCAAAAUCUCCAUCUACUAUCAGAGUCCCACAACGACAUCACUCAUCAUGAAGAACAACAUGGCCAAUGACAAGUCACCCCUAAAACAGAGCAACCUGGUAUACCACUUCAAAUGCAACAAAGGAGACUGUGCGCUCCUCCCUUCAAGUGGCUAUAUCGGCCUCACCACCACGACUCUGUCCCGGCGCCUAACUAUGCACCUUCAGAGCGGAGGACCGCAGCAACACACCCAGACUGAACACCAAACCCUACUGACCAGACGGGAAAUCGUGGACAACACCUCCAUUCUGGCGAGAGCAUCGGACUGGCGACGACUGGCGGCUCUCGAGGCCAUCAUGAUCAGGGAAAAGGACCCAGCCAUCAAUCGGCAGAUAAACGCCCGAGGAACCCUGCAGUUGUAUGAGGGUCGGCGCCUGACCUAG